AUGAACUUCACGAAGUAUAAGAAGAUUACGGAGGAAGACCCAGACAGGGACAUCAAGGAAGACCUUCAUCAAAAGAAAAGGAAGAAAGAAGAGCAGAAAGAUGAAGAAGAAAAGCACAGGUUGGACAAAGAAGACAGUUCUGGAAAAAGAAAGAAGAGAAGUAGCGGUAAAAAUCAGUUGGGUGAAUGUGGGGAGGGUAGUUCAUGUUCCAUUGUAGAAAAAUAA